CGCCUCUCCCGCCAUUUUCAUCACACUCUUCUUCCUUGGAGCUCUUGCCUUCUCUAAUUCUCUUCUCGUCCCAGCUGCCUGCUGCCAUCUCUUCGAUCGGUACUACCACACACCGACCCGGCUAGCUAGCUGCUUCUUAGACGAUCCUGCUCGGUCCAUCGGAUCGAGGCUGGGGAGUGGUUUUUGGAGAGAAGCAGGUUUGAAUUGAUGGACAUGGCGCACGAGAGAGACGCGAGCAGCGAGGAGGAGGUGAUGGCCGGAGAGCUGCGGCGCGGGCCGUGGACGGUGGAGGAGGACCUCCUUCUGGUCAACUACGUCGCCACCCAUGGCGAGGGCCGCUGGAACUCGCUCGCCCGAUCAGCAGGGCUGAAGCGCACCGGUAAGAGCUGCCGCCUCCGGUGGCUCAACUACCUCCGCCCGGACCUCCGGCGCGGAAACAUCACGCCGCAGGAGCAGCUGCUCAUCCUCGAGCUGCACUCGCGGUGGGGCAACCGCUGGUCCAAGAUCGCGCAGCACCUCCCCGGCCGCACGGACAACGAGAUCAAGAACUACUGGCGCACGCGCGUGCAGAAGCACGCCAAGCAGCUCAAGUGCGACGUCAACAGCCAGCAGUUCAAGGACGUCAUGCGCUACCUCUGGAUGCCCCGCCUCGUCGAGCGCAUCCAGGCCGCCGCCGCCAACGCCGGGGCGACGCAACGCGGCGCCGCGGACACGCCCCUGUCGUCGUCGUGGCCGAACGGCGGCGACGACGGCCUCUACGCGUCGCCGGAGCUGCCCACUGAAGCCUGCUGGCCCGCCGAGUACUGCCCAGCCGCUGGCGGGCAGCUACUGGACAACCCCGCCAUCCCUGAGCUGUCGAGCACGACGGCCGGAUCGUCCUCCCCGUCCACGGAUUCUGGCGCGGGGGCACAACCUUGGCCUGCGCCGGUCGGUGGCGCAGAGUGGUUCACCGCCUGCGACGCCUCCAGCGCCGCCGCCAUGCGCGACAUGGACAUGAUCACCACCCAGCUGCCGCAGCAACAACCGUGCCUGCUCGGAGAGACGUGGACGUCCGAGAUCCCGGAGCUUGGGGUCGCGGACUUCGAGAUCGGCAGCUUCGACGUUGAGAGCAUCUGGAGCAUGGACGACAACUUGUGGUACACGCAGACGCAGGGCGUGUGAAUUGAAGUCAAUACGACGGCAUGGAAAUCCAGCGCGUCGGCGGUGGACCGGACACCCGCGGAUGGAACCACCGAGGACGCACUGCAGAGCAGAGCUAAGAAACGGAUUAGAAGAAGGAGAUAGAUUAUUUGGAGGAUUAGAAGAAGAAACAAGACACUAUUUAUUCGGCGGCACAUGAUGAAGUUUUUGGACUCCUCCGGGACUAUUCUACUCCAGUUCUCCCGUUUCUUAGUUUUAUUUUCUCGUUUGAAUUUGCUAGGGUAUAUAACAAGUUAAAAAAAAAACGUAGGCGUUGUAGUGUAUGCUAGUGUUAAGUGUUGUGCGUGGUCCGUCUAAUUUUACUCAUUCUUUUUGAGUAAAUACAUACAUAUAUAUAUGAACUGAAGCUUAGCUGAU